GUGUUUUGUGCAUAGAGUGUGUACUAUAUGUAAUUAUAUGGUACUGUGUUCCUGAAAGAGAACUGAGCGGAGCAUGUCAGAACUAGAGUUCCAUGAUCGCCAUCAUCCAUGUGUUCCAUAAAUACUCUGGCCACAAGUGCAAGCUGAAGAAGGCAGAGCUCAAAGAUCUUAUCAAUAAUGAGAUGAGUCACUUCAUCAUCGUGAGUCACUCUCAACUACUGAAUGAGAUAUUUGCAGACCUGGACCAGAACAGAGACCUGGAGAUUGACUUCCAAGAGUUCAUCACGUUGAUCGCCAUGGUGACAUCAGCAUGCCACGAACUCUUAAGCCCAGAUCACAACCAUUAGUGGCACAAUGUAAAGGCGUGACUGUGUUUCAGCAAAACACACAUACAG